AUGCGGAAAACACUACAAAAGAGACACUCUUGGACGGACGAGGAGCUGAACAUCCUCUCAUACCUCCGAUACACUCGCCAUUGGCGCUUCAAGAAAAUCCAAACGUCCUACUUCCCAUUACUUUCUCCGAACGCACUCUUGGGAGCCUACUGGCGCCUGUCCACCGAAGACCGCAUACGCCGAGCAUCGAGGAUCACCACCUCAAUCAUCGCUCCUCGCAACACUGGAGAAAACCUCUCAGGUUCCCCCCAAGCUCAACCCACAUGUUCCAGUAUCGCACAGGGGACAAGUCGCUAUCGCACUCUUGCUCAGUCAGAAAACAACAUUGAGACUUUGGCCUUCACCUCACCAAGCCCUGCGGGUGGAGGGGAUCCAUUCAUUUCCGACAACAGCAAUUCGAGUCGUUACAAACUCAGGCCAAACAGACCCUCAAUCUUCCCUCCAAGGAAGCCGGGAUAUCUUGUUGACCGACGUCGUUUCCCCCACUUCUUUAGAUCGUACAAGUACUCUCUCAAUCUACAAGGAGUCCCGGACAGCGACUAUACUCCUCCAUCUCGGAUGCCUACGCCAAGUUCAUCAGAUCGAAGCGUUUCCAUCGUCUCAAGUCUUCCCAGUGCCGCGUCAAGCCUUGAACUCUUUGGCUUGGAGCUCCGAGGAGCAUCCUUUGCCGACAUGACUGAAAUCACAAAGUUUGAGCAAUUCGGAAUCAAUACGUUCUAUAACGGAAUCCCAACAUUAGAUAAUGCCAGCGACUGGUUUCGGUGGAAUCAGAAGGUCAAUGAGUUCAUUCGGAUAUCUGCGGUUGCCGACGAUGGAGCGACUCCACCGAUAGAAGAGGAAGAAGCACGGCAAUGGAUUCACCGCCAAAAUUUCUAUUCUGCGAUGAUCACGGCAAAGCUGACACACAAUGCGGCGCAAAGAAUCAAUGCCUUUGAGAUUCCUCGAGUCCAAGUACUGCUUAAGGCAGUCAAGGACAACUUCAAACCAGAAGGCUCAGGCACGUAUGUUAACCUCCAACGGCGAUACAUGGCCCUUACAAGAGACAAGUGUGGGAGCACUCAAGCCCUCGGAGCAGAGAUCAGGAAGAUCCAUGCUGAAAAACUCCUCCUUGACUCUGAUUGCGUAACCUCCGAAAUUGAGCGAACAUUUUUCUUCGUGCAUGCACUCGGUCCGGAGUACGAGAGCUUCCGCGAUCAUAUCUUCCGACAAAUGGACCUUGUCAAUGAAAGAGACGCAAAUGGGACCGUCACGAAAGCGGCGCCCACGUUCGACUAUAUCGAGAAUAAGGCAAUUGAGGAAGAGCAUAGGAAGGGGCAAUUGGGUAAACAAGCAAUGGAGACGCAAGCACUUCCUGCUCUUGCUCUAGUCCGUGGGCCAGGUGACAAGAAACUCAUCCCGUCGUCGGACGGAACUACUUGUCGAAUCGAGAUCGAUAACGUCCCAUAUUGCUCCUUCUGCCGAAAACCUUAUCACGUUGACUCCGAAUGUUUCACCAAGAAUCCGAAACUGAAACAGAAAGACGGAGAUGGACCGAAGCCAAAGCCAGGCAGGAUGCAUACGGGCACACGCAAACAGUUGAAGAAGCGGCCUUCGACGGAUGACGAGGAUGACGAUGCGGGUGGUCCAAAGGAUCCGAAGAAACCAACUUUCAUGGCGACGAGAGCCUCCGAGAAAGAUGUCAACGAAGCAUUUGGAAACGAUAUCGAGGGCUAUUUCGCCCUGUCCGACCAUAUUCCCAUAAUGAUGGCGAUAAAAACCCUCUCUAUUCGCGACGCGUGGAUCGUGGAUAGUGGAUGCGCUCAGCACGUCUGCAAUAGUGCCUCGAGGUUUGUCCAAAUGGCCAAGUACCAUGGCCCCUCACUUACAGGCGUUGACACCUCAACGGCUCCCUCAGGAGUGGGAACAGUGAAUAUCCUUUGCAAUGUACGCGGCAGAAAGAAAUGGCUUGUGCUUGAUAACGUCCUCUAUGUUCCAUCUGCACACGCCAAUCUCAUAUCGGUGCUCCAGCUUCUCAAACGAGGAGCAAAGGUCGAAUUCUCAAGCCGGAGUGCUAUCAUUCGCAACAAGUCAAACGAAAAGAAUCUAUAUACUGCCAACGAAUAUCAUGGAGUCUACGCACUCGAUCUGUGGACAAGUCUGACUUUUCCCUCUUACCAUGUUAGCCCGCAAAUGUCUCUGUGGCACAAUCGACUUGCUCAUAUGAGUGAUGCAAAUCUUCGGCGACUCAAAAAGCAGGCUCACGGUGUUCGGGACAUGGAGCCACGUCAUCCAUGCAAUUCGUGUCUGCAGGGGCGAAUGAUCGAAAAACCCCACCGCAGAUCAGGAAAUAGCAGGAGAGGCGAACACGCAAUGGAGCUCCUCCAUAUUGACGUUGCAGGGCCAUUUGACGAGGGCCUUGACGGCAGUCGUUACUGGCUCACCAUCGUUGACGACUUCACGGGCUGGAUCGAGAUUAUCCCUAUACCACGAAGACAAGAGUUCGUCAUAGAAUCACUACGGUUCUUCCUCGACCACAAUGAGCGCCCCGAACGAAAAUGCAGGCGAAUACGUCUCGACAGAAUAUCUGAACAAGUGGGAGACGAGAUGAAGUUCAUGUUGCUCUCGCGCGCAAUUCAAGCUGAGGUGACAGGAGUGGAUCAACACCAGCAGAAUGGGGUUGCCGAAAGAGCUCACAAGACAAUUUAUGAUCGGGUUGGGCCUACCUUAGCACAUGCGAGGUUGCCGUCUACAUUCUGGCCGGAAAUUGCUCGAACCGCAGCGUUCCUCUCCAACCGGUCGCCGUCAUCGAAGCUCAACAUGACUCCGUACCAAGCGUGGUAUGGCGACAAGCCUGACCUAUCACGACUCAGAGUGAUCGGAUCCAAAGGGGAAUACUUGAUCCCGCCAAAGCAAAGAAAGAAGCUUACGGAUCCACGAACAAGGCCAUGCAUUUUGCUAGGCUAUGAAGGAAAUACCAACUACCGUAUCCUCCUGGAAGACGGUAGAAUCGUUGGGACUCCAAACGCCGAAUUUCACGAAGUCCUUACAGCUCCCUCCACACAGACUAUAGAAGAUGCGGGAGCCAGACAAGACGGCUUACCUGAGGCAACGGCUGCUGCCGCAGGGGGGAGUGAGACGGUGGGACUAAUAAACCAACCGUCGGUAGGCAUACGGCAAGCAUCCGUGCCUGCUUCGGGGCGCCAAUUGUCAAUGGCACCAUCGGAGCGGGCCCUACCUAAGCCGAGAAACGAUAUCUCGCACAUACUGCCUCGGAGUAACGAUAACUCGCGAGUGCUUACCCAGCCGAGUAACGAUAACUCGCAAACCCCAGCGUCGUCUCAAUCGAGUAACGAAGACUCGCAGCCAGCUGUUGCUGUACAGGGAGACAGGACCUUGUCGUCCAUACGGAGUGACGAUGCCCUCGGACCUCUAUCACCUGCUUAUCAGGAUUCUGUCCUUGGGAUUGACUCACCACCCGGUGGCGACCAGCAACAAGACGGCGCUCGGCAAGGGCUAAGUUCAGGAGAAUGGCAACGAUACUCAGAACUCCAACUUGACAACCCAGUUCAUGAAGUGCAACAAGGAGCACUAGAUCAUCACCCUGAAAUGAAGAUUCGUGCUCCACAAGUCACACUAGACACGUCUGAUGAGAGCGAAGAAGAGCUUGCACUAAUGAAUAUACCCGAAGAGAACAUCAUCCCAACACUCUUAACGGUAGCUGCAGAGGAAACAGAACCGUUUGAGCCAAAGAAUCUGCAUCAAGCGAAGAACGACACAAGCUGGCUCGAAUGGAAAAGGGCAAUGCUUGAAGAAGUGAACUCACUCAAGCAAAACAAAACGUGGGAGCUUGUUGAUCCCCCCAAAGACCGGCGAGUUCUCAGUGGAAAAUGGGUCUUCAAACUCAAACGAGGACCUCACGGCAAAGUACUCCGCCAUAAGAGCAGAUGGGUGGUGAGAGGCUUCACACAAGAAGACGGUAUUGACUAUGAUGAAACCUUUGCCUCGGUUGUCAAGCCAAUGAGCUACAAAGCCCUCUUCGCAAUCGGAGCGGCCCUAGACUUCGAGAUCGAGCAAAUGGAUGUCAAAACCGCAUUCUUGUACGGACAUAUAGACCACGAGAUCUACGUCGAACAGCCCCAUCGCAUGACGGAUGGCACUCCAAGGGUCUGCAAGCUUCGAAAAGCUCUCUAUGGAUUAAAGCAGGCUCCUCGCAUCUGGUACCAGACCCUCACGAACUUCCUGCGCAAUCUUGGCUUCGAGCCAAUCACCGCCGAUCUUGGUAUCUUCGUUCGGAGCAAUAUGUACAUCGCGGUAUAUGUUGAUGAUCUCCUGAUCGUGGGUCCGAGUAUCGCAGAGAUCAAGAAGAUCAAGCGGAGCCUAAGGAACCGUUUUCAGAUGACAGAUCUGGGCCCAUGCAGCUACUACCUUGGGAUAUCCAUCCAGCGAGACCGCCAAAACAGGAAACUGUCCCUCAGUCAAGAAGCAUACAUUGACAAGGUUGCUCAUCAAUUUGAUAUUGGCAACUGCGCUCCCAUCGGCACGCCGAUAGAAACCUCACCGCUUCCAGAGAACAGUCCAGACUAUACGUGCCCUCCAGAUCAGAGGACAUCUUACCAACGCAUGGUCGGAUCUCUGAUGUACAUUAUGCUUGGAACCAGGGGGGACAUCGCGUACGCAGUCUCUGUGGCGAGUAGGUCUCUGGCAAAUCCUGGGCCCCAACACAUAAAACUCGCUCAACGCAUCCUGCGGUACCUCAAAGGAACCAAGAGCCUCAGACUCGUGUACAAGGGUCAGCCUCAGAAACUGAAAGGCUUCACAGAUGCAGAUUGGGGAGGAUAUCGUGACACGAGCCGAUCAACAGCUGGGUAUCUCUUCAAUAUUGGAAGUGGGGCCAUCAGUUGGCAAUCGAAACGCCAGGGCAUCGUUGCCCUCUCAACGUGCGAAGCCGAAUUUCUAGGGCAGACACAAGCCACCAAAGAAGCAGUCUGGUUGAGAAGGCUUCUCAACGAAUUGAAUAUGAAUCAAGGAUUAAACGCCACGAUCAUCUGCGGGGAUAACCAAGGGGCCAUUGCCCUCUCCUCGAACCCACAAUACCACUCUCGCACAAAACAUAUGGAAAUCCAACGCAAGUGGCAGGGAGAGGUCCAAGACAACGGAACAGUGAAGCUCAAAUAUAUCCCAACCACAGAACAAAUUGCUGAUGGGGCAGCGAGGGAGCACAUUUUUACAUACACAGGGCUCAUUGGCUGUGAGGGAGCGCAAAUCUUACAUCGCUGGGCUCGUGGCAGCAACAGCCGUGGUCACGGAAGGUCUGGAGUUCUUGGUUUCGUAGAGCCCAUCCUGCGAGGCACAUUUGUUGACGCAGAGCCCAUCCUGCGAAGCACACUUGUUGACGCAGAGCCCAUCCUGCGAGGCACACUUGUUGACGCAGAGCCCAUCCUGCGAAGCACACUUGUUGACGCAGAGCCCAUCCUGCGAGGCACACUUGUUCACGCAGAGCCCAUCCUGCGAGGCACACUUGUUGACGCAGAGCCCAUCCUGCGGAGACUCUUGGUGUCGCAGAUGUCCCUGCGAGGCGCUUUGUUGACGCAGGACCUAGGCUGCGGAGAACUUGGUAAUGCAGCGGUCUCCUGCAGAGAACUUGUUAACGCAGCGGUCUCCUGCGGGUCUCACUUGUCAUCACAGCGCCCCCCUGCGAGGUAG